AUGGCAACAGAAGAACAUGAGAUCAAGGAUGAGCGCCUGGAGGCCACUCACGAGGAGGGGGGUGACGAUGAGGAAGAAAUCGAGGCCAUGAAGCGACGGGUGGCCGAAAUGGAAUCCGAAGCUGCCAAAUUACGGGAAAUGCAAGCUACACUCGACGAACAAUCCGAGAGCCUGAAAGAAGACAAGGAGGAUAUCGAUGCCCGGAGUAUCUUCGUUGGUAAUGUGGACUAUGCUGCUUCCCCCGAGGAAAUCCAGGCGCAUUUCCAGAGCUGCGGCUCAAUCAACCGCGUUACAAUCCUCCUAGACAAAUACACAGGCCAACCCAAAGGCUAUGCCUACGUAGAAUUUGCCGAGCCUAGCUUGGUGGCGCAGGCUCUUGUCCUGAACGAGAGUGUCUUUCGCGGCAGGAACCUGAAGGUAACGCCCAAACGCACCAACCUUCCUGGUAUGGGCAGCCGGGGACGCGGUCGAGGCCGCGGCCGGGGAUAUGGCCGAGGAGGCCCUCGUGGAGGCUACCGCGGCGGCUAUCGAGGCCGCGGACGAGGCUAUGCACCUUAUUAA